CUGCAUGCCAACUACUACCACCGCGGAACUCGUAAACAUGUCUGCUAAGAAAAAACAAAGCAAGGUCAGCAAGGCCGAGAAGGAGAGGUUGAAGAAAGAGGAAGAAGAGCGGAGACUAAAGGAGGAGGAGGAAGCUCGCCUGAUUGCUGAGCGAGAAGAGCAGGAGAGGCUGGAGCAAGAACAGAAGGAAGAGGAAGAACGACUGAGACUCGAAUUAAAGGACAGGGAGCGCAGAGAGGAUGAGCUGAAUGAACUGCGCUUCAUACUGGAGGAAAACCAGAAAAAAGUGAACGUGUGGGAAGCUGCAGCCAGAGAGAAAGCUGAAUGGAAUCGGUACAUGAUUUGUGAUGGCAGUCCAAACCCGGCUGUUCAACCCGAGAUCAAUACCUUCAUCACUCUGUGGAGGGAGGACCCAGACGUGGACAUCCACACCAUCCUCCAACAGUGUGCUUUGGCCUUGCAGCUGACAGAAGAACUGGAGCUUGUUCUGAGUAGGGAAACCGAACCCAGGAUUAUUCAGGUGCAUCAAGACACACUUCAGACUCUGCAGAGUCUCAUCCACACCAAACACCAGGCGGCUGCUGAGGAGAUCCUGAAGUCAGCUAGGGCUUGCUCAGACAUCGAGACUGGGAACAUGCAGAUGACCGUACGUGAUGAUAACGUCACUCUGUGCUUAUGGGCUAACAUAAAAAAAAAUGCCCGAUUAAAAGGCUAUCAUUUCCAAGAGGCGGGGCUAAGCUUCGAGCUUCCUAAACAGCUGGCUAUGAGUGACAUCAGCGUGCGGAUCCUUCACACCCGCUACGAUCACCUGAGCCACCUGAGCCUCCAGAUGCAAGCACAGAAUAAAAGUCCUGCUACCAAAGAAGAAGAAGAAGAAGAACCUGAAGAAGCGGCAGAAGGAGAUGCCGAGACUCUCAGUGAGACCCCUAAACUGCUGGAGGAUGGAGAGACCAAGGAGGAAGACGAGAGGGGAGAAAGCGUGCAGCAAGAAAAGGACAAUGUGUCACUUAAAUCGUUGGAAGAGAAGAAGAGUAGGAUUAGUUUGCGAUCAUCUAAGGAGGGGAGGAAAAGUUCUUCAAUAAAGCUACAGGACGAGGCAGAGGAUCAUACAGAGAGCAUUGUGGAAGGAGGAAUCUCCUCUGGAGAAGCAGAAGAUGAGGCUGAAACCGAACCCACUGCCACAGAGCCAGCGACCGUCAGCACCGAGCUGCACAUCGUGGAUCUGUACCGGUACACGCCCCUGGGUGGAGUUUACUACUUUGAUCUGUUCAAGCUACCACCCCAGGCUUCCAUCAUCAAUGGCUGGGAGAUGACAGAGGUAUUGGAUACAGGUCUCCAGGUAUUCCCGUAUCCCUCAGACCAGCCUCACAGCUCGGCAUCAGUGAAGCUGGAGGACAGCGAGACACACUCGUACCCACCUGUAGGGGUCACUGUGGUUCUGCCCGAGUGUGUGAUAUUCAUGCAGGAGCCACAGGUGGCGAGAUGGGACGCAAUCGGUCAGCACUGGAGAACGGACCACAUCACCGAGACGUCAUACAACAGCGAGGCCCGCAGUGUCUCCUUUAAGAUGGACUCUUUCUACACCUUCACUCUGCUCCAGGAGACACACAUCAACAUGCCGUUUCAGCACUGGGAGCUUCGACCUCAGGGUCAGGACUCGGUCAUGCUGACCAUCACGGCAGCGCUCACUGAAGUCCGCAUCAGCGUCCAGGGGAAUCAGUGUAUGCUUCAGAUGGACCAGGCUCCUGGACUGAACCAUAUCCUGGGUAAAUGGAUGAGUCUCGCUGCUCUACAGGAUGCUAUGAGACGCACAGGAGUUAACAUGUUCGUCAGCGAGUAUUCGGAUAAGUACGUCACAAUUAGCGCCAAGGAUCCGCUGAUAGAGCAUGCAGUGUAUGAGCAGAUGGCCUUGUUGUCCUCAGCUCUUGCUUUCUCUCGGAGUCAGUGGAACCCUCAGUGCGGGCAGGAGCAUCUCAUCCUUCAGGCAUGCGAGCACCUGGAGGCAGGGCCUGUACCACAGGAGGUGUGGUCUCUGUACUUGCUAGGCGCUCAGCGGAGUCAGGGUUUGAAGAUGACCGAAAUGAGCGACGGAUUCUCCUCAGAGCUCGCCGAGGACACCGAGUUCCACUCCACAUUUCUGCACACGCUCAGAGACGUCGUUAGCCCGGAGGGGCGGGAUAGAUUAGACCACACCCACUACCUUUUUGUCGAUACAGUGCAGAGACUGCUGUGUGCCACCCGCUUGCUCACGUUCUCCUGACCUCUUCCUCACCAAAUAUAUCACAAUCACACAUCUUUAUUUCACUUUACAUACCUCUACAGGAUUUUAUAAAAAUUUAUGAGAUUUUUUUUCCCCUUAAUCCCUUAAGGCAACAUAGUGAACUAAUAGUUAAAAAGUUAGUCAUUUGUAUCAUUUAAUUCUCAUUUAAUCUAAUCCUUCACUACUGAAGUUUAAA